AUGCCCGCAGCCUCAGUAGCAUCAGCGCCGGCAAAGCGCACCACCAACAAGGCCACCGCUUCAAGGGCUCCCAAGAAGGCUACCCAGGGCGCAAAGAAGCCCCAGACGAAUGGCGCAACCAACGGAGCGUCGCAACCCCAGAUGUCACCAUACACUAUCAUGGCUUCGAGGAUCGCAAACCGCGUCGCUGAAAUGGCAGAGAACAUGACAUUCGUCGAGCGCGAGAAGUGUCAAGCGCAACAGCAGCAACAACAGCAGUCUGCCCCGUCCAACUCGGGAAAGAAGCCACCCAGGAAACUCGAGAUGCGCAUGCCCAACAACGGCGCCUCGCCGACCAACAUCACUUUCAGCGCACCUUUCCUCGACAACACACUCGCCAAGCUCCUUACGCUCCAGAACCGCAUGCUGACAGUCAGCAACGACAUCGCCGCGUGCGAAGACGUAGACGACAAGACCAAGCAGGAGCAGUUUGCGCAGAGCGCUGAAUUGAGCCGCAUCAUCGCCCUGAUCUGCGCUGAGAAAGCCAGACAGGGUGCUUAA